GUCGCGGACUGAAGAUAAAACGUUAGCAGGCAGUGAAAUAACGCUAACGCUUAAAAUAAAAUAAAAUCUAUUCAAAACACAAGCUACAUUUUCUAAAAACAGGACUGUGUUCUGUGGUUGGUUUCUUAGACGGGGGGAAUUUGUUGCUUGAACCUUCGCAGAUUUUUGCUUGACUGGACUAUCCUUGUGGAAGAUGAGUGGCGACUCAAAUGCCAACAAAGAGUUUUUGGAACAGCUGCGGAUGCAGGAACUCUACGGCCAGAGAAAUGAGGAUGGCUCUGACCCCUACAGCUACACCGACCCAGAGGACGGGACUGUUUACGACUGGGACCAUGAAAAGAAGGCUUGGUUCCCUAAAAUAACAGAGGACUUCAUCGCAGCCUACCAGGCCAACUAUGGCUUCACUCAGGAGGGAAAGCCUGAUGCAGACAGUGCUGCAGUGAGCAGCACUGACCCAGCACCCCCUGCACCAGAAAGCAAGGCUUCAAAAAAGGAGAAACCAGGGGAUGCCACCCAGAAGACAAACCCAGACCAGCAUGAAAGCCAAGCUAAAGAACCCAAGCAGAAGGGGGAGAAGAGGAAAGCAGAGCCAGGAUGGUUUGAUAUUGAUGACAACAAAAACACAAACGUCUAUGUAUCAGGUCUGCCCCCUGAUAUCAGCACUGAAGAGUUUGUUGAACUGAUGUCCAAAUGUGGCAUUGUUAUGCGGGACCCCAUCACUGAGGAGUACAAGGUCAAACUCUACAAGGACAAAGAAGGAAAUCUGAAGGGAGAUGGCCUCUGCUGCUAUCUCAAGAGGGAGUCGGUGGGAUUGGCUAUGCGCCUGAUUGACGAGUCAGAGGUCAGAGGUUACAAACUCCAUGUGGAAGUCGCACGGUUUGAGCUUAAGGGCCAGUAUGACGCCACUAGGAAGAAGAAGAAGAGCAAAGAUUAUAAGAAGAGGCUGCAGCAGCAACAGAGACAGUUGGACUGGAGGCCAGAGAAGCAAGGAGACACGAGGAAGAGGCAUGAAAAAGUUGUCAUCAUCAGGAACAUGUUCCAUCCCAGUGACUUUGAGGAAGACCCACUGGUGUUGAAUGAGUAUCGUGAAGAUCUGCGGACCGAGUGUGAGAAGUUCGGAGAGGUCAAGAAGGUCAUCCUCUUUGAUAGACACCCAGACGGCGUGGCAUCAGUCGCAUUCAAGGAGCCUGAGCAAGCCGAUGCAUGCAUUCAGUCAUUCAAUGGUCGCUGGUUUGGAGGAAGGCAGCUGUCCGCUCUGCUCUGGGAUGGAACAACAGACUAUCAGGUGGAAGAGACGACACGAGAGCGAGAGGAACGACUAAAAGGUUGGUCUGCUUUCCUGGAGGAAGGCAAGGAGGGCCAGCCGAACGCCACCACCAAACCAGCAGAGAUAGGCACAUCCACAGAGCCUAAAGAGCCCUCCAAAACCACGGAGCCUGAGCAGCACCCAGAAACAGAACCGCAACCCUCACAGCAGCAGGAGCAGGACAUGGACUCUACAGACAGCAGCCUGGCAGGAAGUGAUGAGGAGGAUGCUUAGACACUUACAUGCACAUAUUUGGUCCUCAUGGCAGCCAAUUAGGACAAUCGUGCUUGAAGGUGGACUGCUGCAGAGCUCCGUGUUGAUCUGAGGAGGAGCAAUUUGGACAGUUUGAGGUGUUUUGUAAUGUAGAAAAAUAAAAUUAUGAUUUUUGUCUAGCCUAUUUUCAUCAUUUUGGUAUGGAUUGUAAUUAGAUCUGCGCUUGACAAGAUCCCUGUUUCUUAAAUACACAGCUUUCCUUUUAUUUCAGUGUCAGUUUGUUUACAGUAUUGUGCUGGUAACCCAAAAAUGUCAAUGAAUUACAAAAGAUAACUGAGACUGAAAGUCUGUUGGAUUUGAAUUGUAGAAAACUCAUUACAUUUAAUUUAAAUUCCAGUAAUGUGCUCUGAUUUUUUUCUUUACUUCUUGGAGUUUAAAAAAAAAACAAUUCAAACACAAACAGCAGCUAAAAGUAUAUUGUUUAUUUCAUAUCUCCCCAGCAGAUCCAGUGCCAUCAUGACUUACUAUGUUCCACAGUUCAGCAUGACAUGACAAUGCAUGCUGUCAAAGUAAUGCUGCUGUUGUGUAAGCUUAUUUCUCGGUUUGCAGUCAGGCUUUUGAGGGCUUUUUGAUUCUCCUUCUUAAGCUAAUGAAAACACGUCACAGGAUACUCCAGAAACAAAAGAUCUUCAAGAAAAUUCACAUAGAAAUUGAGAACUGUCAGGGAACAGAACUGCUCUGGUACAGCUUUGCCCAAACUACUAAACUAUGCUGAGGUAAAACAUACAAGUAAUGAAGGGGAUAUGGUGUUUACAGCCGUGAUGGCAGAGAUAACAAAACUGUUUGUGAAAUAUUCCCAUUUCUGUUUUAGUGUUCAUUAAAGCCGCCACAAUAACUCAAUCAACAGGAAAUCCGCAGCUAGUUUUAAUAAUCAAAUCAUCAAA